UUAAAUCUGGUCAAUCAACUUCCCCUCCGUCCUUUCUUCGUAACCAGCCAACCUGGGACUGAAUAUACUUCACCUCAUCUGGAUGUCAUCGCGCACAACACUGGAGUCGUUAUCGAUUUACCAAUUUUCUCGUGAUUAUUUUCUAUUCCCUCUCGUUUUUCGGGUGCACUAUCAAAGAGAAUCUUAGAUGUUACGCUGAGAAAGGUAAUUGGAGUGCUUAUGAGACGUACAAAAGAAAGCCCAGUUGUAUUGUCCUACCUAAAGCGCUACAAAGAUAUGGAUUUCUUUGACAACUCUAACUGGUUUCUCACAAAAUCCUUGCUCUCUUUGUUCGGCGCCUGGCCAUUUCAAUCAUCAAGAUUUCUUGGUAUCCGCAGAUGUGCUGCAACAUUUAUCCUCUGCUCUUUGCUCGUCCCCGAGAUGCUGAGGAUGUCUGCAGUAUGGGGCAAUAUGAGCAUGUUCGCAGGAUGCUGCAGUAUGUUAACGCUGCAUAUGAUGACGAUGGUCAAUCUGAUCAAUUGCUUCGCAUUUUCAGAAACGGAAAAAAAAUUAUUGAUGCAAAUUAAGGCACAUCGACUAGCUCAUGUGUCUGAUGAGGAAAGUCAAUUGUUCCAGGCUCAUGACGGUAGAAGCAAAAAGAUUACAUAUGGCUAUGUAUUUUAUGUCACUUUCACUACUGUCCUGUACAUGAUCGCCCCGACGAUCCCCAGGAUUCUCGAUUAUAUCGCACCCCUGAACGAGACUCGACCAGCGAUUUACCUAUACGAAGCCGAAUACUUCGUCGACCGCGAAGAAUACAAUAAUUGGAUCAUGAUCCAUUCGAUCUUAGUAACACCUGUGCCAGCAACAAUUAUUGUUGCAUUCGAUUUGUUAUACUAUCAUUUAGUCGAACAUGCGUGCAACCUGUUCUCGAUCGGAAGCAAGCGAAUGUCAAAAUUGCCGAAUUAUCUUGAUCAGCAAACUGGCCAGGAAAUAUCAGCGAAUAUAGAUGACACACGUGACUCAUUCAGAAAAUGUAUCAUACAGCAUGUAACUGCACUGAAAUUCGUUGGUGUCCUUGAAACUGUCUACACUAAAGCAUUAUUCUUUAUUCUGGGGAUAAAUAUGAUGAGCAUCAGCAUUGCAGGACUUCAGGCUGUCUCGAAACUUGAUGAUCCUAAGGAGGCAAUUCGAUUGGGUAUUUAUACGAUUGCACUCCUGAUUCAUCUGUACUUCCUCAGCUGGCCCGGUCAACAACUGAUCGAUCACAGCGAAUACAUUCAUACAGCAGCUUAUCAGGGAUGCUGGUAUAAUACUCCAUUGCACAGUCAAAAGUUAGUAAUGUUGACUAUGAUGAGGAGUUUAAAUCCAUGUAAAUUGACAGCUGGGGGAUUCUACAUCAUGUCCCUGCCAAAUUUUUGCGCGGUCGUGAAGACAUCACUUUCAUACCUGACAAUGCUCGUAUCUCUUCAAUGAACAUGAUUCAACAAAUUAAAACAUUAACGGAAAAUUGUUUGCCAGAACUUCCGAGAUCGUAUCAAAAAGAACUACCAAAUUGUUGAGAAUGUCUCAUUAAAUCUAGUGUCCACUUAAAAAUUACCAUAAAAUAUCCAGUUCAUAGCUCAUAUAGUCAGAGUUGAAUCGAAUUUGGGAAAAUAAACUUUUGGACAUUACAACCCGAUAAUAAUUAAUAGGAAAUUAAUGAUUCCACUUCCUUCAAUUUUUCUUCAUUCUCAAGUAAACGAGACUUUAAUUAAUUAUUUAUUCUGUUUUUUUCGUGUUAUUUUUUUCGAGUUUUAAUAAGUCAUAAUUAACCAUCUGGAGGACACUGUGUCCUACUCCUCGAUCACUCCUACGAUUUCCGAUCCUAUUCCUGGAUAUCGGAUCAAGUCUUAAUUCAUGUUCCAAAAUUUUUACCGCACGUCAACCUCAAUCAAUGUCCAAAAACAAUUCGUCAGCAACUGACAAACGUUUGAGUACUGAACAUAUGUCUCGUAACACAAUUAACUGAUCGAUACAGCAACCGCUAUACUACGCUUCUAACAACCGCAAUUAUGCUCUUUGUACUCCGGCAAAAGAUACGAAUUAAACUAAAUAAUUAAAUCACCUCAAUUGUCCUCCUCGUCAAGUUCUCCGAAAGUC